UGCGGGCCUCCGGGGCAACAGCGGGCCGAAGAGGAGAGAAGAGGCGAGGCGGGGCGGGGGGCGAAGGGGACAAGAUCCGGGCAGGAGGGCAGCGGGCAGCCGGGAGAGAGAGUCCCGCGCACGCACAAGAUGCUGUCGUGGCGGCUGCAGACGGGGUCCGAGAAGGCCGAGCUGCAGGAGCUCAACGCCCGGCUCUAUGACUACGUGAGCCGGGUGCGGGAGCUGGAGCGCGAGAACCAGCUGCUGGAGGCGCAGCUGCGCGGCCGGCGCGGCGAGGAGCGUCUGUGGGCCGAGGGCCAGGCGCGCUUCGCCGAGGAGGCGCGCGGCCUGCGAGCGCAGCUGGACGCGCUGAGCUGGGAGACGGCGCUGGCCGAGGGCGAGCGAGACGCGCUGCGGCGGGAGCUGCGGGAGCUGCAGCGGCUGGGCGCGGAGGAGCGCGCCGCCCGCGGCCGCCUGGACGCCGAGCUGCACGCGCAGCACCACGAGCUGCAGGAGGCGCUCGGUGCGCAAGCCGCCCUCGAGGCGUUGCUGGGCCAGCUUCAGGCGGAGCGCCGCGACCUGGAGGCCGUCCACCAACGCGACGUGCGGGAGCUGCGCGAGCGCGCCGCCUCCCUGACCAUGCACUACCGAGCCCGCGCCGUCGGCCCCGCCGCGCCCCAGCUGCGCCUGCGGGAGGUGCACGACAGCUACGCGCUGCUGGUAGCCGAGUCGUGGCAGGAGACGGUGCAGCUGUAUGAGGACGAGGUGCGCGAGCUGGAGGAGGCGCUGCGGCGAGGCCAGGAGAGCCGGCGAGAAGCGGAGGAGGAGGUGCGGUUGUGCGCGCAAGAGGCCGAAGCGCUACAGCGCCAGGCGCUGGAGCUGGCGCAGCUGCGUGCGCGGCUGGAGGACGAGCUGCGGCGGAUGCACGAGGAGUACGAUCUGCAAGCCGACGAGCGGCAGAGGCUGAUCAGCUGCCUGGAGGAUGAGAAGGAGGCCCUCACCUUGGCCAUGGCUGAGCGGCUGCGGGAUUAUCAGGAGCUUGUGCAGGUGAAGACGGGCCUCAGUCUGGAGGUGGCGACCUAUAGGGCCUUACUGGAAGGAGAAAGUAAUCCAGAGAUAUUAAUCUGGACUGAGGAGAUUGAAAACAGGCCACAAGAUUUUAGAACCACAUCCUAUCAAUAUACUGACUCGAUAUUACAGAGGAAAAAUGAAAAGAAUCUGUUUCCAAAGCAGAAAGCACCUUGGCUGGGCUUCAGGCACAGCUCCACCGUGUAUUCUAAUGGGCCCGUUGGAGCUCAGACAGGCACAUCUGUGGGGAGUCCGGCCCGAAGAGGGUUCCUGUCUGUGGGAUGUUCCACCUCAGCCACUACCCGGCAUGAAGCCAUCCAUGAGAAAACUGUCAACAGUCACACCGAUUUCCGAACUUUCUCUCCAGCCCGAGGUCUUGUAAGAAAUACCGACGCUCAAGCCAAAACAUUCCCCGAUAGACCAAAAAUAGAAGGUACGAGGGAUGCCCCCACGCCCUUACCCAAAGGUUCCACUGUCACCCAAGAGUCCUACCGAGACCGCUGGGAUAAUGUGAGGGCAGGCGCUUCAGAGAGCACUCAGUCCACGGAGGGGACUGUCACUUGGGGGAAGAAGAGAGAAGCACAGGCCACAGAGGAGCAAGAGAGAGACAGAUUGAGAACCAUCAAGAUGAAGCCUGAAGAAAAAAUGUUUGAUUCAAAGGAGAAAGCCUCCGAGGAGAGAAACUUAAGGUGGGAAGAACUGACAAAGUUGGACAAAGAAACCAGAAAGCGAGAAAGCCAGAAACUGAGGGAGCGGGACAAAGGGCAGGAGCCACUGCAGGAGAAGAGUGUGAAGGAAAGGGCGGUGCCCAUUGAUGUGGAGGCGCCCCAGAGCAACAGAUCGGAGAGGUUCCCCAGAGACAUACAGAUGACUGGGAAGAAGGACUCUGGGGUCAGUACGGGUAGCAAAGCAGUGACAAAAGAGACCAGGUUCCGGCUGGACACCACUGACACCGCUGGGGUCCUGCAGGGUGACUCCACGACGGAAACCAUCGCGGAAAACAUCGUCACCAGUAUCCUGCAGCACUUUACCCAGUCUCCCGAGGGGGGCACGUCUGCCAGCUCUUUCCCGGACACCAAGGUCACUUACAUGGACAGGAAAGAGCUUCCGGGGGAAAGCACAACAAAGACAGAGAUAAUCGUGGAGUCUAAACUGACGGAAGAUAUCGAUGUUUCUGACGAAGCCAGGCUGGACUACCUCUUAAGCAAGGAGGUCAAGGAAGUGGACCUGAAGGGGAAAUCAGCAGAAAAGAUGAUAGGAGACAUAAUCAAUCUUGGCCUGAAAGGCAGGGAAGGGAGGGCAAAGGUCGUCAAUGUGGAGAUCGUGGAGGAGCCCAUGAGCUACGUAGGAGGCAGGAGGAUGGAGGAGUUCUCCACCCCCUUCCGGGUGGAGGAGGUGGAGGACGUGUCUCCAGGCUCCAGGGUGCUUGUGGAGGAAGAGGAAGGUGAUGGACAAGCCCCUGAUGCUAAUCGGCAUCAAAGGACCAAGCAACCCCAGGAGAACAUCACUCGUGUGGAAGAAGUGACAGAGGCAGGUGACUCAGAGGGAGAGCAGAGUUAUUUUGUGUCAACCCCAGACGAGUACACGGCAGGGCCUGACAGAGAGGAAGAGGGCUCUGUAUACGGGCAGAUCCACAUUGAGGAGGAGUCCACCAUCAGGUACUCCUGGCAAGAUGAGAUUGUGCAGGGCACUUGGAGAAAGAGAAAUAGGGACAGCCAGGCAGGAGAGAAGGACGUGAAGGACGUGGAUGUUCCAGCACGUUCCGUGGGGGCCGACGUGGGUUCUGCCCAUUGGAAGGAGGAAGCUAGUGGGGAAUUUCAUGCUGAACCCACAGUCAUUGAGAAAGAAAUCAAAAUACCACACGAAUUCCACACCUCCAUGAAGGACAUCUCCUCUAAGGAGCCCCGAGAGCAGCUGGCAGAGGUCAUCGGGAAGCUGGAGGAAACCCUCCCAGAGCGCAUGAAGGAGGAGCUGUCCGCCCUGACCAGAGAGGGCCAGGGCGAGCCAGGGGGCGUCUCAGUGGAUGUAAAGAAACUCCAGAGUGCUGACAGCAGUUCUGUGACCCUUGUCGCUGAGGUCAACCUCUCCCAAACCGUGGAUGCAGACCAGAUAGACCUGGAGGAGCUAAGCAGAGACGAAGCUGAUGAAAUAGAGAGAGCAGUGGAGUCAGUGGUACGAGAGAGCUUGACCAGGAGACAUGGCCGAGCGCCUGGGAGUCCGGACAGAGAGGAUGGAGUGGAGGUACCUGCUGGUGGCAUUCAGUUCAAGCGCUGGGCCACUAGGGAACUGUACAACCCGGCUGGAGAGAGAGAUGAUGCUGGCCAGGAAGAGCCCACUGUCCAGGGCCCGGUGUCGGCCACAGUGGAGGUCAGCAGUCCACGUGGCUUCAUGCAGUCGCAUGUGCUGGAGGAGCAGAACCAGUCUGUAAGGCACAUUAAAUUGGGGCCCACCGAAAUCUGGAGGACUGAGCAAGUCUCCUUCGGAGGACCCACGGCUCAGGUAGUGGAGGUAAGUGAGAACCACAGCCAGGCAGCCAGCACGCAAGCAGUCAGCCGGUCUGAGAGGCACUUUACCCUGGGUCCCGAUCCAAGUCAAGUGCCCACCGAAGUCAUCUUCCAAGGUCCAGUCCCUGUCUGGCAGGAGGCCGGGGGCACAGAAGAGCCCAGCCCGGCAGAGCUGUCCACAGACAUGGACAGAUCGGGGAGGCACAGCACAUUUGAUGCCAAGCAGUUUCAUGCUGAAAAGGAAAUUAGUUUUCAGGGUCAAAUUUCUGGGGCAGUGAGGGCCGGUGAUCAUUUUGCAACUGAAGAGUCAGUGGGUACCCGGAUUUCUACAAGGCACCUCCAGUUAAGCCCAAAAGAAGGGUUCAGGGAACAAAUUCAGUACAUAGUGCCUCUCACAGACGCAGUAGAAGGGACCAUCAGAGGGGAUUCUGAACACACCCAAGAGCUGCCAGAGCUGGCUGACAUCAGGCCUCAGGGGCAUCAAGCCACCAAGCAGGUGGUUUCUCAGUCUGUAGUGUUCAGCAACCUAGAAGGCACUACGCACAGUGAGGGCACAGCAGAUGUGGCCCAGGCCAGUUAUAGUUCAGGUAGAAAAAUCCUCCUGACCGAAAAGAGCACAUUCCAAAAGGUAGUGUCCGAAUCACCUCAAGAUCAUAAUGCAGGGGACGUGUCAGGGGCAGAAAUGACCUCAGGUAUUAGCAGAUCCUUCAGACACAUUCAGCUAGGUCGUACAGAGGCGCAAACGUCAGAACACAUUGUCAUCCAUGGACCCAUGUCCAAAACAUUUGUACUUGCUGGUUCAGAGGACACCCCUGAGCUAGGCCAGCCAGCUGACAGCAGCAGAACCAUGCAGCACCUUACCCUGGGGCCCAAAGAAACUUCCUUUACCUUUCAGAUGGAUGUGAGUAGCAGAAAGGCCACCCCCACCUGGACACAAGAGGCAGGGGCAGAAGCGGAAGCUCACAGCGCCUGGGGAGCCGCUGACAGCAGGAAGGACCUGGCAGCUGGCGUGAGCUCCCAGGCCUCUGCUGUGGAUAGGGGGCAGACCCACAGGGAGGAGGGCACAGAGCAAGCUGAGUUUGAUAAGACGGUGCAGCUGCAGAGAAUGGUAGACCAAAGGUCAGUGGUUUCGGAUGAAAAGAAAGUCGCUCUCCUCUAUCUAGACAGCGAGGAGGAAGAGAGCGAUGGGCAUUGGUUUUGAUAAGCGGAAACAUUUCAUCUGAAUGACAGCCUGUCUGGUAACAACAUACAAAGGCCUUACGUUAUGGGGUGGGGGAGCCUCAUCUCAAAGCUCCCCUUUUUUAGUUUAUUAGAGAACUCCAGGCAGUGUGAAUAUACCUGACCCUGCAAAGGCUUCAGGUUAAUUCAUGCCUUUAAAGGCUUGAGAGUUCUGUCUUGGAAUUGGGACUUUUACAAAAACACUGUGUAUCUUUUUAGCCUUAAAAGGUUCCUUUUCCUGAAGUUUGCUCUCCUUUAGUGGAGGCUAUUUCUCCACCAGUUUUGCACCUGGUCACAAACAUGGCUUGCACCCGCUUGAAACUAUGAUUUAUUCCCAACCAGAGAGAUGCUUAAACAUUAAUCAGAAUAAUAAGCUUAAGAAUGGAUUUUGUGUGCAUGUGCUAACGUGGAAUAACAAACUAAUAUUGUAAGAGAAAAUUACAUUUUUCUCUUUCCAAAGUCUUUUCAAGAUUCUCUGUUAAAAAAACAAAACAAAACAAAACCAAAACCUAAAUGAUUUCAUCUUUAGGAAAAAAAUUCCUUGUUGGAGAGUGAGAUUCUCCUCAGUGCUUGAAUGAAUUGCUUUCUGUGUGUAGAACUUUAAAACCCAGUGUGUCUUAUUUGUGGGAGCAUUUCCAAGCAGCAUGCUGACUGUGUUUGCAGAGAUUUCCCGCACCAGACCCACGGGUGUGGGAAAUGAAGAUCAGUAGUUGCUCCUGGUGCCCUUUCUUUGGGUGGUACUAGGUCUUACUGCUCAGUCUGAAUGUUCUGUUUCGUCAUCAGCUAAGCUUGGGAUCAGCCAGCUCCUGUCAGAUCCCCGAUCCUUGAGCCUUCACCCUUAGCAGGAUGUUGAGUCUCACAGGUAGGAAGCAGAUCCUUCAGGCCACAAAGCAUGCGUUGAACUCAGACCCCAGCUGAACUGGCAGGCAAACCAGCAACGUGCAAUGGACUGUGCCUCCCAGAGAAGCUGUUCUCCACCCGCCACUUGUGGAUCAGAGGUCUUUCUGAGCUCAGAGUAAAGAAUAAGCAAGCAACAAUCCAACGAGAGCGUUUUCACUUCGAACAGAAACCGUGGCGGGGGAUAUUUAGUCCAGGGAAGCAUACAGUGUGUCACACAGAGUCAUUGUGAGGAAGGAGCUGGGUGUUUCUCUUGUGAGGAUGGAGGAUGACGGGAGCCCCACUCUCACUGGCCACGCAGCUCGGACCUGCAGAUGUACACCACUGAAUUUUAGGUAUUCGGGUGAGCUUGUUUGGAUUUGUUUUAUUUUCUACACAGCUGUUGUUUUCAAAGUUUCCAUCUUAAAGGAGUGGCAUCACACAAUAGCAUCUCUAGCUGCCACCACAUUCUUUAGUCACACUAGUGGUUUCCAUGUGAUGCUGUCUAAACUGCACUUUAUAGGACACCAUCAGGCUGUAGGGUCCUGAGAAGGAUCCAAGGGAUGCCACCUUCAGACGGGUUGUGAUUGUGGCAGGGAACAGUGUGGGGUGGGGUGUGUGCCAGGGAUCCCGCGGCCCCGGAACGGCUACAGCAGAUACGUUAGGGAGAAUGAAUUUUCUUAGUUGAUAAAUGGAAGAGAAAUACAGUACAGCUUUCAAGAUGAUGUGUUUUUAAAAACACCAUGAAUCAGGGUGCAGAAGGGAAGUUGAUAUGAAUUUCAGAUUUAAACUGUUGCUAUCCAUCUGCUAGGGGAGCCAGUGAUUGUCAGACAGACUGGUGACUGCUUCGCCAAUGCUUCCUAUUUCUCAUAGAGUCAAAGAUUUAUUUUCAUGAUGAUAGGCAGUGGUGUGUGUCUAAGUGAUAUAUUAGGGUUUGGCCACGGUGACAGCCUCCUUUUGGAUGAUAAGACCUUGAGUAUAAGUGGGCCUAGCUGGUGUCCACAGCCUGGCCCGUGAACUUAUAAAUGGAUACUGAUGUGAACAGAUGAUUACUAUCAUGACCACGUCCCGUAUUUUGGGAAAUAAACAUCUUUGAUCUGAGUUUUUGUCUCUGCACUGGAACACACAUCUUCGAGGAGACAUUCUGCCUGAAGCAUUCCCCACUGAGGAUACAAGGUCUCUCAAUCACCCAGGAGCAAGGAGUCUUCAUCACUGUGGCAGGUCAUGCUAGGCGGCUACUGGAGAAAACCAGUUACACCAGAGGCAAGAGGAAGACCAGGGUUGUGGUUGGACAGGGCGGCGACAGUUUUCCUGUUUAGGGUUACUUAAGGAAAACAGUGUUCAUUAACUGUCUCAACUUCCCACUGUUUGUUUUGACAAGCUGAAGAUGUCUCUAGAAUGGAACCAUCUCAGAAGCUGAUCUUGCUAACCUCCUGUUCCCUCAUAGGAGAAAUGUCAUAGAAUGUAUAGAAAUAAAAAUCUGAGGGAAAAAAUACCCCACAUUGUUCCUGAAGAGAAUGAAUGUUUCCAGUCAAUUUUGGUGUGGUUUCUUUUAAAUUCUAAUUAAAGCGAAUGUGAGUUUU